GUUAGUUGGUGUGUUCUAUUGCAAGGAAGCCAAAGUUCUUUAGUUGUAACUAGAAAAACCAAAAUGAAAGUUGCCGCUUUGUUUGUAGUGCUUGCGUUGGCAUUGGCCGCCGAAGCUAACCCAGUGUGGCCAUGGGCCGCAUCCCCAUGGGCAGCGGUACAUUGGCCAGCGGCACCCUGGGCAGCGGCACACUACCCAGCAGCAUGGCCUUAUGGAUGGUCCGCAGAAGCCCCCGCACCUGCCCCAGUGCUCGCCAUUGAUGCUCCUGCCGCUCCCACCCCCGCAGCUACGUCGGUUACCGCCAACCGAGGAGCGGUCCAUGUAGCACCACUACCCGGCCAUGCCAUCAACCAGCAGCAGUUGAACCUUGCUGCCGCCCCUGGAACUGUCUAGAACUGUCGAUCGAUCACUUUCCAAUACACUCUAUAGACACUAUUUCUUUUGACAAACUAUCAGCGCGAAUGGAUCUUUGAAUAAAUGGACUUUAUUCCUCUAC